AUGCGGGUGCUCACAUUGCUCUUGCUCGGCUUCCUGAGCGAGGCAGCGGAUCCCUGCGCCCCUGCAGAGUGGGAUCAGGUGCGAGACGCCUUGUGGGCAGCCGUGGGUGAUGGCAGCGACGGCCAGCGUAGGCUGCAAGCACUUAGGGAGGGGGCGCCGCCCCCUCCGCUGCGGCCUUCCUCGUGCCUGCAUGGCGCUGUGUCGCUCCACUUGCUCCACUUGCUGCGGGAUAGCCGCGAGGCACGUUUGCGGGAGAUGCAGAGCGGAGUGGAGCUGAUGACGGUGCUCAUGGAGACCAGCUUUCUGAAGGUGGGUGCACAGCGCUGGCCAAUCUUUGGCCUCCUGCAUUUGGCGCAGGUUCAGCUGGAGCUUGAGGAAGGGCCGGAUCAGGAGGGACAGGAUCAUCCUGAGCUUCGGCGCUGGCAGCCCCUGGUCAGCGAUGACCACAUGCGUUUCAGGAAUUGGGUCCACGGGCAUCUUGUUCAUGGUCAGACGCCGCCUUUGGUGGACUCCCUGCACUUCUUAGCGCGCGCUGAUCCUCGGGAGCCCAGCGUGAGCAGAAGCUGCUCCGCUGCAAAGGCCAUGGGCUAUUUGGCCUCCGCGCUGGUUCUGGCACAAGAGCCAGAUCAGAGCAUCCGCCAGGAGGCGGAACAGCUGGUGUCCUCGGCCGAGGGUCACAUCAAGCACUGCAACUCGGAGCCGCAAGGCUUUGAGCUGCUGAGCAUUCUGCGCACUGAGUGGCCGAUCUGGUGGCUCCUGCAUGCCGUUUUCCUCCAUUUGUUUCCAGAGCGCGCCAGCGCCGCUCCCAGUCCCUUGCCACCCUCCGAAGCUUUGUCAGCUCCUGCUUUGCCCACUCAACCGGCCCCAGGACAGCGUGCUGCUGGUCCCGAGUGCUGGGCGCUGCAAGGUUUGCAGCUUUGCAGCAUUCCAAAGGCAGCCUUCCUCCCAAUGAACGGCAUGUACUUGCUCGACUCGCGCUUUGGAGGCUUGCAGACCUUUCUGCAGCUCUUCCGCGACGGAGUGCCGCUGCGACGCAGCGCCAUGGCGGAAGCCGCCUGCGAGGCGGCUGAGGGUCCGAGCUGGAGUGGGCUCCGACUCUGGGGCUCGCCGCUAGUGGCGGUGAAGGACCGCGAGCUGCCCAGCGUGGACUACUCUGCAUCCUUCAGCCCACCCGGGGUGGGGCUCUAUGUGGAGGCCUCAUCAGCGGGCGACCCCUACAAUGCAGAGUGGCUGCAAGCCUAUGUCACAGCCUUUGACCGGAUGGGAUUGCAGCCUCACAUCAUCUCCAAGAUCGAGGAGGCUCAAUCUGGCACCCUCUACUUCUGGCGCAUCAACCAGAUGUUUGGAGGCGGGCGGCUGGCGGGCGCCCCUGGAGUGGGCCUGGCGGUGGCGGAGCACCUGGCCGACUUUGGGAAGAUGGGCGCCGCUGCCUGGCCACGACCGGAGACCAUGCAGUUUUACCAGGACAAGCUCGCCUUGCGCGAGCUUUUCACCAGGGCUGGCGUGCCAGCUCCAAAGAGCUGGGUGGUGGCCAGCGCACACGAUCUGGAAGAGCUGCUGCGCAGGGGCGAGCUGAUGGCUGCUGACUUUCCGCUGGUGCUGAAGCAUCCCUUCGCUGCUUCCAGCCGUGGAAUGUUGUCCUGCGGAUCCCUGGCAGAAGUCAGAAGUGUCGUGGGUAGCUGGCUGCAGGAGCACAGAGUGCCAUGCUUGCUUCAGAAGCGCUUGCCGAUUGCCAGAGACAUGAGGAUAACCUACGUGGGAGGCGAAAUUAUCCAGGGCUAUUGGCGUGUGAAGGCCUCCGCGGCGGAUCUGAGCAGCGGCUCCGCCGGCGGCUCGCGCCUGGACUUCCAGGUGCCUUUGCAGGAGAUUGCGCCCUUUGUCCGGAGCUUCGCGGCAGCCACAGGCGUCGACAUUGGUGGGAUGGAUAUCGCCUUUCCCGAGCCGGGAAGUUCAGAAGGCCCAGUGGUGUUCGAAGUCUCGCCGAUCUUCGACCUGAACCCCGAAGCUCCUGAAGGUUGGCAAGGGCGGCCAUACCGCGAGUACAAGCAGACCGAGGAUUACAAAGUAAGGCGGGCUGAGAACUAUGCUACUUGUGCCCAGAAGGUGAUUGAGUACGCUCUCCAAAGACGAGGUCGACUCUUCGUGGAUAUAGACAACACUGUGAGUGAUGCGUGGAAGCGGAUCCAACGCGCAGCGAUACCAAGCUGGCCGGGACACAGCUUCGACGCGCGAGCACACUCCCCGGAGGAAUUGGCCAAAGAUUCGCCAUUGCCAGGUGCCCAAGCGGCCCUGGCCACCUUGACCCGGGAGUGGGAGGUGACAUAUUUGUCCGCCCGGGGAAGCAAAGGCGCCUUUGAAGCCACGGCCACGUGGCUGCUGCGGCACAACUUCCCCUGUGCUGGGCGCUUGCUGCUGGUCUCCGCGGCCAGCGAAAAGAUCGCCUUCCUCCAGGAUGCCGCUGUCAGUCGUGGCCCGGUGUUGCUGGUGGACGAUCUCACACGAGGACACCACCUGGCCAGGCCGGUGCCGGAUGAGGCCAUGCGCCAGGCCCUGCGAGCCAAGAGCCUAGACUUCGAGGUCUUCGACCCGGAAACCAGCUCCUGGCCAGAGCUUGCACAGCGCUUGCUCCAAAGAGUCGGGCAAGGCCGUGCAAGGUCUCCUCCUGUGCCGGCGCUUCUGUGCCACUGA